UGGAAGGAUGUAGGAUGGAUAGAAGGGAUGAGUUUUGGAUGGAUGGGUGGAUGGAUGGAUGGAUGAUAGAUGGAUGGACCAGGACCUCCUGUAUCAGUCAUUUUCUCUGUAUUUUUCCUCUGUACUUCUGAGGACCACCUAAAUGAAACCUAAUUGUUCUUGUCUGUUAGUCAGCUGAUCGGUCUCUUAUAAAGAUCUUCUCUUUAAUAAACACCCGCACUCUCCAUCCAUAAUACACACACACAGACAGACACAGACAGACAGACACACACACACACACACACACACCCAUGCAGACACACACGCAGACACACACACUCAGAGAACCAUAUAAAUUACUGGAAACAGGGACAGAACAAAUUGCUAUGCUGCCAUGGCAACCCAUCUCCACAGCACUGACAGCAUCCUCAUAUGACACUACACACACACACACACACACACACACACACACACACACACACACACAGGAUGAAUGUGUGAGUGCUUUGGCUAAAGGUUGUAGUCCAGAGGGAGAGGACAGAGUCAUCAGCAAUAGAUCAGAGUGGAGCAUCUUUCCACCCGCAGCUACAUACUCUUCAUCAGUGAGUUCAGUUCAUAGACCGUAUUUAAAUAAAAAAUAUGAAAUAAAAAAAAUAUAUAUAUAUAUAUUCUAUUUCAAUUUCUGCCUCAUGUUUCCAUUUUAGAUGUUUUAAACAAACCAAACAGCUUGGAAAUCAUAUACAACUUAAGUUAUGUUGACUAAAAAGAGCAUUUCUGCCUCUCUAAAGGUCCUUACACACCGGGACCGAUGCAAAUAUAGAACGUGAAUUUACGAAAUAUUCAGACUAUACACAUCAAGCCUGAUACCGUUUUGUGACUUUCCGGGGAAAAAGACGCAACCCGGGGGAAGUCCUGCCUCCUUUGCCUCUGAUUGGCUAGAAAAGCUGGAAACGUAAUCACAUGCUCAAGCCAAACGGUCAGCACUUAUAGUGAGUUGGGCCAGUAGCAGAUAAGCACAUGGAACUAUGGUAACAACCGUUGUAAGCUUAUGUUAGCACAGAUGAAAUUUAAAACAGAGACGUUUAGCAAACUGUUAAAAAUAAGAAUAAGAACUUUAUUGAUCCCCGAAGGGAAAUUCAAUUGUCUGUUGUCUCACGUAAUAUGUCUAUAAAAGUUAUCUAUUAUUAACAUAAGAGUUAUAAAGCCUGAUGGCUGUUGGUACAAAAGAUUUUCUAAAUCUUUCUGUCCUGCAGUGAAGAGAGAGGAGCCGUCCACCACCAGUGGCCCUUUGGUCCAUCAAGGUGUUGUGAAGUGGGUGAUUCAUGUUCUUUACAAUAGACUCCACUUUCCUCAGUGUAGAUCUCUCCACCACAUCCUCCACUGAGUCCAGCUUGAGUCCUACCACAGAGCCAGCCUUUUUCACCAGUUUGUUGAGAAGUCUUGCAUCUUUGUGUUUGAUGCUUCCUCCCCAGCAGACUGCAGCGUAGAACAGAACACUGUAGAUCUACACCACAGACUGAUAAAACAUCUGCAGCGUCUUACUACAGAUGUCUAAUGAUCGGAGUCUUCUCAGGCAAAAGAGGCGGCUCUGCCCCUUUUUUUGUAGAUGUAGUCUAUAUUCUUAGACCAAUCCAACUAAUCCAGAUGUACACCUAGGUAUUUAUAUGAUGUCACCACUUCGAUGUCCACUCCACAGGUGUUCACUGGCUGAAGAGGGGGUUUGGAUCUACAGAAGUCUAUGACCACCUCCUUUGUCUUUGAGGUGUUGAGGAGGAGGCAGUGACUCCAGUCACUGAAGGCUCUUAUUAGAUCUAGUUAUAAAAUAAAAAUAAAGAUCCUAAUAUUAAGAACUUAAAUAAAUGUAAUAUUUAAGAAAAAAUGUAGAAAAAGGAAAAAGGGAGAAGAAAAAUAAAACUAUCUACAAUAUACACAAUUUACAUAUACACAAAAAGUGGUGGUGGGAGUCCAGUUAUUAUUACAGUUCGUUGUGAAGUCUUAUUGCAGAGGGGAGGAAUGACCUGCGGUAGCGCUUCGUCUUGCAAGGUGGAAGUCUCAGUCUGCUGCUGAAGGAGCUGCUUAAAGCCCCCACAGUCUGGUGCAGUGGGUGAGAGGGAUUGUCCAUGAUGGAUACACGCUUUGCUAACAUCCUCCUCUCACCCACCUCCUCCAGGGAGUCCAAAGAACAGUCCAGGACAGAACUGGCCCUCCUGACCAGUCUAUUCAGUCUCUUCCUGUCCCUCUCAGUGCUCCCUGCCCCCCAGCAGACCACUGCAUAUAAAAGUGCAGAUGCUACCACAGAGUCAUAGAAAGUCCUGAGCAGAGUCCUGCACACUCCAAAGGACCUCAGUCUCCUCAGCAGGUGGAGACGACUUUGGCCCUUCUUGUACAGGACGUCUGUGUUUGUUGACCAGUCAAGUUUAUUGUUGAGGUGGACACCCAGGAAUCUGUAGGACUCCACUAUCUCGAUGUCCAGACCCUGGAUGUUCACUGGAACAGUCUGAGGUGUCCUCCUCCUGCAGAAAUCCACGACCAUCUCCUUUGUCUUACUGGAGUUGAGCUGGAGGUGGUUUGUGCCACACCAGUUGACAAAGUCAGUGAUGACAGUCCUGUAUUCCCGCUCAUCCCCUGACGAUACACAUCCGACGAUGGCUGUGUCAUCAGAGAACUUCUGGAGGUGACAGCUCCCAGAGUUGUAGCUGAAGUCCGAGGUGUACAGGGUGAAGAGGAAGGGGGAGAGCACUGUCCCCUGUGGAGCCCCCGUGCUGCGGACCACCAUGUCCGAUACACAGUUCUGAAGCCUCACAAACUGUGGUCUGUCGGUGAGGUAGUCCACGGUCCAUGCGGCUAGGUGACAGUCCACUCCCGCCCUCUUGAGCUUCCCCCUGAGCAGUGAAGGCUGGGUGAAAAAGCUUUUAAACAACUCAAACCACCUGUCUUUUAGACCCUAUCCCAGCAUCCCUUUUUAAAAGCUUUUAUGACUUUUUCAAGCAUGAUUUUCUUACCAUUUUAAAUUAGUCUCUUUAGACAGGUGUAUUCCCCUCUGCUUUUAAAACUUCUACUAUUAAACCUAUUCUGAAGAAAAGCAAUUGGGAUGCAUAAAUACUUGACAACUAUAGACCUGUAUCCAAUUUGCAAUUUUUAAGUACAAUUUUAGAAAAGAUUUAGAAAAGAGUUUUAAACCAGUUAAAUGAUUUUAUCAAUUACAGAAAAAUUUAUGAAAUUUAUCAAUCUGGUUUUUGGAAAAAUCACAGACUUCUGCCACUUCUCACCUUCCUGCUUUUUAAGGUAAUUUACUUAUUCAUUCAAACUUUGUGCAAUUUCAGACAUUUUUUCUCGCCUCUUUCAGCAUGAAUAAAAUUUCAAUUUAUGGAGCAUAUUUACAUAACCUCACUGCUGAUCCUUACGGUUGAGCUCUUUCUUCACCACGACAGAUCGGUUAAACGUCUGCAUCACUGCUAACGCCGCUCCAAUCUGUCAGUUGAUCUUCUGCUCCAUCCUACCCACACUUGUGAACAAGAUCCCAAGAUACUUGAACUCCUCCACUUGAGGCAGGACCUCCCCUCCAACCCGGAGAAGGCAAUCUACCUGAGGACCAUGCCCUUGGACUUGGAGGUGCUGAUUCGUAUCCCAGCUGCUUCACACUCGGCCAUGAACCGCCCCAGCAAGAGCUGAAGGUCACUGCUCGACAAAGCUAGAAGUACCACAUCAUCCACAAAAAGUAGCGACGCGAUCCUGCCGAACUGGACACCCUCCACCCCCCGGCUGCGCCUAGAAAUUCUGUCCAUAAAGGUUAUGAACAGAACCUGAUACAUACACAGAAUAAAAUACAUGUGGAUUUAAAAUAUACAUUGGGCGACAUGUUACGAACUUAAUGAAUAACGUCUGUGUUAACCGCAACCAUCAUCGUAACUGUAGCAUCUUUGCUCAUACUCGGCAACACGAAACUCAACCAAACUUUAUAAAAAUGUUAAAAAGGCACUUCAUAUUAAUUUGUGUGAGAAAAGAAGCAGAUAUGAACCUUGUGCUUCUAUCAAACAGGUACUUUAAACAACUUAAAGUGAUGUUAUUGAUGGGUGGAUACUGACUUUACGUAUCGUUUUACUCUCCGUUGAUUACUAACUUCCUUUGAAAUUAAGGGCAUUGGUCUCUGUUAUAUUGUUUACAGGAAGUAAAAUAAUAGCAAAUAGGGGUUGUGCCUUCAAAAUAAGACUGAAGAUACCCAACACAUAAUGUGGGUCAUUUACAGGGCGCACACAGAAAACAAAAGGACCCAGAACUGAACCCCGUGGAACUCCACAGAGAUGACCCAAACCCUAAACCUCAUUGAAUUCAGAGUCACUAAAAUCAAUCCCAUACCUCCCUCUGUCCCUGCCCCCCCGACCUUUCUCUCUGUAUCUCAGGCUCUACCUGCAGGUCGCAGCAGGGGGCGUGACCUCGACGUUUCGGUUGUGGAACUGAGACGCCAGCGUAGAGACCUCCGUAACCUGCUGCCCUACGAAGACCGGAUGAUGUCAUUUCCUGCCUCCCAAGGAGGAGUUGGAGCCAUCGACCCAUACUACCAAUCAGAUAAUUGGAGAGGGCGGGGCUUGGAUCAGGCUCUCCAGCAACUGGUGGAGAGGGACCAAAGAAGGGCCCAAGAGGAGGAACAGAAAGCUGGUGAGAGAGCUUCGAAGUCAGAAAUGUAAAAUUUAAAACGUAAAAUAUUUUCUCUAAUGAAUACAAAGAAACCACAUCUGUUUUUUCUCCUCAUCAUCUUGUUGACCAAUCAAUUCUCUCCAAAGCUUACCUGGCCGCUUUGCUCCGCCUACUGAGCGAAGCAGAGAGUGCAGGAUUGGUCGGUCCGGGUGAUGUUGAGGUAGUAGAGGAGGAAGUGGAUGAAGAAGAUGACGAGGGGACCCCAGGGGACUUCCAGGGCCCGGCCCCCCCAGACUACGAUGAGACCGGGAGGGGAAUGAACAUGGGGAGGCCACCAGCUGCAUGGUGGGGCCUCCUUGAGCCCCAGCUAGCUCAGGCCCUGCUGGACAGGUGAAAAGCACACUCUCGUGACUACAGCGUUCAAUAAAACCUCUAAGGGUUAAUUUCUCAGAACAAAGUCUCUGAUCGUUACCUGUGGUGUGUUUUUGUCAGGAUGGAGCCCCAGGUGGCUCAGGCUCUGCUGGAGAGAGCGAGACAGGAGAGACUCCAGCAGUCGGGUCUGGUUUCAUCGGGUCCGAGCAGAGCAGGAGAGCAUGAGGCUCUGAGGUGAUCCAUCAGAAACAGAUUCAUGUAACCCCCAGACUCAUCUGACAGUUAGGAUGGUCUGCGGUGGGUCUGCAGGUCAACCUGCAGGGGACAAAGGGACAUCACCCUCCUUUAGCUCACAGGAGGAUGUCUGCUCUGAUCAGUUUAUUAUCAGUGUAUACCUGAGAACUUCCUCUUCGACAUAUUUGAACUUUUUCCUCACAAUCCAUUUCUGACAUGUUUUGAUAGCGUCAUUAAAGAACAUAAUUUACUCAUAGACCGCCAAUAGAGGACCAAAACAUCCACUGCAAUGGCGCUGAUGGAAGUAUACAAGGAGCAUUAUGCAAUAGGUGUUUUUUUAUGUUCUGUGUAAUACAUUUCUAAAGUUGGUCCACAGCCCCAUAAGCUUUGCUGGCGGAGGCAGGAUUUAUGACCUAUACUGCAGCCCAUCAACAGAGGGCGCUGUUUGCGGAGUGGCUUCACCCAGCAAGGAGGCAGACGCUGUCCAUUCUAUAUACAGUCUAUAGGAAAUACAUACAAAACGAAUUUACAAUCUAUAAAUAUUUGCAAAAGAGAGCAAUAAGGAUUGUUAACAAGGUAGGAUUCUUCCAUCAUACAAAUGAACUGUUUCUGAAAUUAGUAUUAUUAAAAUUUAUUGAUCUAGUUGAAUUUAGAACUGCACAGACAAUGUAUAAAGAUAAUAACAAUCUACUCCCUAGUAAUGUACAGAAAAUGUUCAGUGGAAAAGAAGAAGGGUAUGUAUUAAGAGGGGAAUGAAAUUUAAAACAACCAGGUGUUUGUUAAAAGUAAAUUAAAGCAGAGUUUGACUGAAAAACACUUACAAAAGUGAUUUGUCACACUUAUUUAAUUGUAUAUAGGAAUGGUACAAAUGAGAGAUUUGAAGUAUUCUAGGUAUAUGUAUAAAGUGUAUAUAGGUAUGGAUGUAGGAUGAGGUCUUUAAUAAUAAUAAUAAUAAUAUCUUACAUUUGUAUAGCGCCUUUCAAGAUACCCAAAGCGCUUAACAACACACUACAAUAAACAUAACUAGAUACCAAAAGCCUGGAUAAACAAGUGUCGCUUCAGAGCAGACUUGAAAGAGUCAAGAGUCUGUGCUUGGCGAAUCUCAGAGGGGAGAGAGUUCCAGAGAGGAGGGGCGGCCACACUGAAGGCUCUGUCACCGAGGGAUCGCCUUUUCCCAUAACGGACAGUGAGGAGCCCAAGGUCCGCAGAUGUAGUCCUUGAGGAGGUCAGACAGAUAGUUGUUUCAGUAUUAAUAAUUAGUUGUAUAUUCAUGUUAGACUUUGGAGCUUUGGUUACUUUUUGGCAACAUCACAUAUUCUAGAGACAUGUAAAGGGUAAACAAACAGGAAGGGAUGAGGGGAGGUACAUAUUAACUAAAUAACUUCAACCUACUCCUUUUUGAUCUCCAAAAAAUGGGAAAUUCCUUGUCUAAAAUUGUACUGUAUGUGUAUCUGGUCGAAUAAACAAUCGAUCAAUCAAUCGAUCGAAGCGACUUCUAAACCAGGUUUUGUUGGGCUUGGUUUUAGCCUGCCUGAACUAGCACUACCCCUGACUCUCUGUCAUCUUGGUUCUCUUUUUUUGGACAUUUAGACAUUAAAUAAUUAAAAUCACAGAGUUUGAAUGAAUAAUAGAGUGAAAUAUUAAUAAAGAGUGAUAAACGUUAAUGAUACCUUUGGAUCUCCUCCUCCCUAGACGUCUGGUUGCUAGGUUACUGACCAGUAUUGGCCCUGGCGACUCUGCAGUGAUGUCAUCGAGCCGCAGAGCGAAGAGGGACGUGUCCUACGCUGCACCUGAACCUGCAAGCACCGCCCGCAAGCGAACCCGCCGCUCCCUUGACAACAUGGCUCCUGCCUCUCCGAGCACUGACCCCCCUCUGCUCAGAGUGAAGAGGCUGGAGGACAAGGAGGAGGAGGAGGAAGAAGAGAGGAAGCUCCGCCUCCCCGCGGCCGGGCUGCAGAGGAUGAAACGCAUCAAUACCAUGGCAACCAAUGCCAUGGAAGAACUGAAUUAUGGGAGUCGCAGGCGCAGGAGGAGAGCUCUGAACUACGACCCACAGAUACUGAUCGAUCAGAUCCUGGAGUAUAUGAGGGAGUAAGAGAGGAGAGGAGGAGGAGAGGAGAGAGAAGAGGAGUGGAGGAGAGGAGAGGAGUAAGGGGGAGAGAGGAAAGAGGAGAGGAGCGAGGAGAGGAGUGAGGAGGAGAGAGGAGGGGAGAGGAGAGAGGAGUAGAGGACAGGAGUAAGGAGAGGAGAAGAGAGUGGAGGAGAGGAGAGAGAAGAGGAGAGGAGAGUAAAGGAGAGAACAGGAGUGAGGAGAGGAGAGGAGGAGAGGAUAAAAGUCAAGGAAGAAAAAGUACAGGAGAUAAAAGAAGAGAGAAAGGGAAACAAGGGGAGGAGGUCUAGAAGGAGGUGUCAUAUUUUUUACGUUUUAUUUUGUGAGUUUUUGUUGUUUUUGCUGCUUUUGUGAAUAAGUGUCUUAUUGUUUGUUGUUGACAUAAGAAGAAAUGAUGGAGUGAUGGAGACAGAAACAGAGAAAUCAUCCCCCUUUACUUUUUCUAAAAAGUUUCCUGGACGCUACAACAUGACUGGGGGACGAUCUAAAGAAAAUUUCCAAGAGAGCGAAGUCAAAAAUGAAAACAAAGAUGAUUUCAAUCGAAACAUGAAAAAAUGUUUUAAAAAUCCAAAUAAUAUCUAAGAAUCCUGCAGAGCUGAACACUGAAGUGUCUGGUUUCUUUGAGAGUAAAUCUUUGUGAGACUCUCUGUAGACAGAUCCAUCACAUCAACCUGCUUAAAAACAAUCAGAAGAAAAAGAAGUUCACUGAGAGAGAAGGAUAUUCACGAAGGAGAUCAUUAAAAAAACAGGUGAACGCAUGAAUAACUCCUGAACUAAGCAGCAGAAGGAACCUCUCUGGUUCCACUUCCACCAGAUCCCCACUCGGUCCGUCUCAAACUUGACAGUUUGAGUCAUGAAACUCAACAGUGUUUCACCUCCAUGAUGAGCUCUGAAUACCUCUGACCCGUCCACUCCAGGCCCGGCACCACUCACCGAGGUGGUUCCUGUUGGUGUAGUUCAGCCAAACGCAAUCUGGGGUCACCAUCAGGUCUUUUAUUCUGCAAAUUUACCAGUUUUGUUUUAGUGUUGUUUCUGUGUCUGACGUCCUGAUAGUGUUGUAGUCAAGACCGCACCAACCGAGACCAAGACAUUACUGAGACCAGAGAGGACCAAGACCGAGUGAAAAUGCCUUCAAUUCCAAGAUGACACCAAGACCCUCAAAAAAUGGUCUCGAGACGAAGACCGAUCUUGAGUACUACAACACUACUGUAAGGUAACCGUUAGCGUACCUGUCCUUAUGCUUUCUCUCGAGGUGACAGUAAAAGUUUGAAGUCGUACCAGCUAUUUCUGUGAGUUGUGCACUGCAGAAUUUGCACACUGCUGAGUGUUUUCACUUGCAUGUCGUUUUACAAAUAAACUCCUUGUGGUUUAGGAAACCAAACUUAAUUAUUGCUGAGUUGGCAGACAUCUUUCACCGGUUGGCAAGCAGGAACACAGCCUCUCUUCCUGUUGUUUCCAUCCUCUCUCUGUAUGGAGGGUGUGCGUCAGUCACUCGGACAGUGUGACACUGGGCAGGUAACUUAGCAGCUGCAGCUGGGGGAGAAUUAUUACUACCAAUGAUGUGAAGUUAUUAGCCUGACCGGUCUCGUUCAAAAACCCAAGUCCGCUCACUCCAAGAUCGAGACAAGACCGAGUGAAAAUGCCUUCAAUUCCAAGACGACACCAAGACCCUCAAAAAAAUGGUCUCAAGACCAAGACUUAUCUCAAGUACUACAACACUACUAUAACACAAAGAGGACGCAGGACUCCAACAAAUAGAGUAUUUGGCUUUUUACUGGUACAUGGCAUGCAUCAUACACAGAGAGCGAAUCACUUGUCAGGCUUCUUCUAUAUAUAGACUACCUGCCAGGUAACCACACCUGGAGCCUAGACCUUCCUCUAGAUACAAUAGCAGUCUCAGGAUACUACAACUACCUACUGAUGCUUCUAUAUCCUGCAAAAGUAGCUCGAGCCUGAAGUGGACAGUGCUGGAGGUGAACAAUACUGAGGACCUAAGUGAAACGUAGAUCUGGUGGAAUUUCAAGGUCAAAAACUCAAGAAGCUGAAACUCACAUUGCAAAGGGUGGGAGUCAUUUUUAAGAGCUAAUGAAUCCACCAACUAGAUCAUUUCACUGUUUGGUUUGAAGACUUUUAAAGACGCAAGACCGAAUCAUGACACCAAAAACAAGAACAAGAGCACUGACACCUUCAUCCAUGAGCGUGUUAACGUAGACUUCAGGGUCUGGGUUGUUGGUUUUAUCCCAGUUUUGAUUAUACUCUGGGUGUGACAUUCACAUGCAGACAGAAACCUGGUCAUUCAUAUUCCUGUAAACUUCAUAAACACCUUAAUCGUGGUCCCUAAAGAACCAGGAUUAAGGUGUUUAUUAAGUCCCGUAAACCAGCUCAACAAAAUUCCCUUUCUAAAUUUUGGAUCUUUAAAAGGCACCAGCAGAUUAUGUCGUUUCUUCCAGGAAACUUUAAAGAAAUUUUACUUCAGUUCCUUGUCUUUUCACAAACUCACUCGAAACAUAACUUCAAAUGGUGAAAAUAAUCCAUUAGGGGAUGACUUCAACGGCCAACAGCCGCCCGACAACAAAGUCCAGAGCGUUCUGAUUGGUCGUUCCUGGCAGUGAUGGCUUCUGGGAGUUGUGCUUGAACCCACGUGGGAAAAUUUUCAAUCUCAAAGAUUCAAAGUUUUUUAAAAAGAGGUAUUUAACCAGACCCCGUCCCUCCAUCAGUGCCAAUGUGUUUCAGGAAGAUGCAUUAAGACUGUAACCAUGGCAACAGCUCAUCGGCUCUCUGAUCGGUUUUCUGUUGUAUUCAUGCACUUCAGCUCGCCUGCAGCAGCUCUGUCAGUAAAUCACUCGUCCGUCUGUGAUUAACACUCUGAAAUAAAGUCAAUAUCUAACAAAGGACUCCUCCAGUGUUUAUA